GAGUCAUCUGACUUUUUAUCAUGCCUAUGACGUUUCCUUGUUAGCAAGCUGUAGGACUAGCCAUCGAAACAAACGUAUUUUCCACUUCUAACUUUCCCCUUUAUAUUCUUGUUCUUCUGGGGUGAAACACGCACGUUCACUUAAUACUAAAGAAUGAACGAGACAAGUCCUCUUGUCUCUCCACUGCGGGACUCAGGUGAAUUCAAUUACGAGCCGACCAGUCCGCGCGGCGCUUUGGGGAGCACGCCAGGCUCCGUGGUUCGCAUCCCCGCUGGCAGUCCGGGGCGCAGCCGGGAAAGACAGCCGCUACUGGACCGAGGCCGGGGCACUUCGCCGCGAGAGCCGCACAGGAACGAGUUUCCUGAGGACCCCGAAUUUAGGGAAAUCAUCCGCAAGGCCGAGCGAGCCAUAGAGGAAGGAAUUUACCCGGAAAGGAUUUACCAGGGAUCUAGUGGAAGCUAUUUUGUCAAAGACUCUCAAGGGAAAAUAAUCGGUGUCUUUAAACCAAAAAAUGAAGAACCCUAUGGCCAACUCAACCCAAAAUGGACUAAGUGGCUCCAGAAACUGUGUUGCCCAUGUUGCUUUGGUCGAGAUUGUUUAGUCCUGAACCAGGGUUAUCUCUCAGAAGCUGGAGCGAGCCUGGUUGACCAGAAACUGGAACUUAACAUUGUUCCUAGGACUAAGGUGGUGUACCUGGCUAGUGAAACAUUCAAUUACAGUGCCAUAGACAGGGUGAAGUCUCGAGGAAAACGGCUAGCUCUGGAAAAAGUGCCCAAAGUAGGACAGCGGUUUCACAGAAUUGGAUUACCUCCAAAGGUGGGUUCCUUCCAGAUGUUUGUGGAGGGAUACAAGGAUGCUGAUUUCUGGCUGCGGCGUUUUGAAGCGGAGCCUUUACCUGAAAACACCAAUCGUCAGCUCCAGCUUCAGUUUGAACGACUAGUGGUUCUUGAUUACAUCAUCAGGAACACAGACAGAGGAAAUGACAACUGGCUGCUGAAGUAUGAUUGUCCAAUGGAUUCAGUUGGGAACAGGGACACAGACUGGGUUGUAGUCAAGGAUCCAAUCAUCAAAUUGGCCGCCAUAGAUAACGGCCUUGCCUUCCCACUCAAACACCCCGACUCCUGGAGAGCAUAUCCAUUUUACUGGGCAUGGCUCUCACAAGCCAAAGUUCCUUUCUCUCAAGAAAUCUGUGAGCUGGUUCUGCCAAAACUUUCUGACCCAAAUUUCAUCAAAGACCUAGAAGAGGACCUUUAUGAAUUAUUUAAGAAGGACCCUGGAUUUGACAGAGGACAAUUUCACAGACAAGUAUCUGUCAUGAGGGGGCAGAUCCUCAAUCUCUGCCAAGCCCUGAAGGACAGUAAAACACCGCUUCAAUUAGUCCAAAUGCCCCCAGUUAUUGUUGAAACAGCCAGAGCACCUCAAAGAGCCAACAGUGAGUCCUACACACAAAGUUUCCAGAGCAGACGACCCUUCUUCACUUGGUGGUAGCAGAAGGAAGCGAAAGCAGAUAAAGAAAAGAGCUGCGCCGGAAGAGAAGACAGCUUUUGUCCUAAAAUGGUGAUUAUUUAUCACCAUAAUCAUCAACCUCUUUUCCUCUCUGUAAGCACAUUUUUGUUAAAGACAAAGGUUGAACGGGUGGAGAGAAGAAGCCAGAAGAGGACGGAUUUCACUACAUCCCUUCCCAGUUGGCCUUCUUCUCAACAGUCUGUCAGAUAUGGUGUUAAGUGGUGCAUAAAUCAUUUCCUCACACGUGUGCACCUCAAUCUAAGGCACCUCGUAACAUUGUCUGUGUAAAGUAUAGCAUUCCAUGUUUGACCCUAGCUGUCUGCCUUUUAACCCUCACCUGCAUAUGUCCAAAGCAUUACUGUUGGAAAACUGGAAGUCAUAGCUUUAAUUUUUCACAAAUGAAUGAACUGCUCAUCAUCGCUAAACCCUGGAUAUGACUGCUUGCUGAUUUGUGGUUGCUUCCCAGAUAAGGCGCAAGCAGAGUUAACUGGUUUCACAGUUAAUUCUUCUAUUUCUAGCAUCUGAAGUGAUCUAGUAAUGCAGAAAUGUGUAAAGGUCAGGUUAGUUAAUGUUUUAGCAUUAGCCUUGAAACUAUUGUACUGUCUCAUCUCCAAGCUGGAGAGAUGGGUCUGCUCGCUCCAUUUUUGUCCAGACCAAGCUUCCAAUAACUGAAUGGCAAGUGGAACUCCAUAACCAACAGUACUAUUAACGUCCUGAACUGACAUGAAAUGUAACUGCGAAUGCACUGUAUGAUUUGUAUACAUGUAAUUUAAUAAUAGAUUAUCCUUAUUAAAACCAAAAAUCCAUGA